AUGGUCCAGAAGUACUAUGUCACCUAUAACCAGGUGCACAAGCUGUGCCAGCAGUCGGCCGAUGCCAUCCUGAAGCAGUUCCGCCCUCAUCUCAUGAUCGCUAUUGGUGGUGGUGGUUAUGUCCCUGCCCGUAUCCUGCGUUCCUUCCUGAAGAGCCCUGGCGAGCCCAACAUCCCCAUCCAGGCGAUCGGUCUGUCUCUCUACGAGGACCUCGGUCGUGGUGAUGCCGAGGAGGCCAUUGGUACCAAGGUGACCCGAACUCAGUGGCUCGACCUGAGCUCUUUGGAGAUGGCCAACCUUAUUGGCAAGAACAUUCUGAUCGUCGACGAGGUGGAUGACACCCGGACGACUCUGGAGUAUGCCGUGCGCGAACUGGAGAAGGACGUGCUCGAGGCCCAGAAGCAGCUGGGUCGUGAGGGCGAGAAGACCAACUUCUCUGUCUAUGUUCUGCACAACAAGAACAAGCCUAAGAAGGGUUCUCUUCCCACCGAUAUGAUGGAGGAUGGCCGCUACCACGCCUCUGUCACCACCGACGAUGUUUGGAUCUGCUAUCCCUGGGAGGCCAAGGACAUUGAUGAGCAUGACGCUCUGGCCAAGGAGCACCCUCUGGUCUAA